CCGAGCAGCAGCAAAUCCAAACGCACUCACCUACAAUCCUGCGACGGGUGAGAUUUCGUACACAAUAUCGACAUCAAAUGCAAAGGAGAACAUAAUUAAUUUGACACGCGAUGCGGGCGGUAUUCUGGCGCAGCUAGUGGCCAAGGAGUUUAACUACACGAAUAAGACCAAGUAUAUCGGUUACGGUACACCUGGGGUGGCCAAGCCAUUCGCCGAAUGGUUAGCCGAUGAGAAAACAUCAGAGGAUUGGACAUCGAUGUUGGAGUAUUUCGGGGGCACAGUUGACGAGAAUGAAGAUGUUGCGGAUGAAAACAAUACUGUAAUCUUGGCAUUGUAUACCGGGUACGUUAAUGUCACCGAAUCAGUACCCGAGGUGAUUGUCGACAAGGAAGAGACACACUUUGGGUUUAGGGUAGAGGAUGUGCAAAAUGUGUUGCCCGAGCUCGUAUACAGCGACAAUAACGGGGUGGCGCGGGACAUUAAAUGGAACAAUAUUACGACACUGUUAGUGAAGGA